ACAAGCGGUCUGACCAAUGAAAUGCAACAUUUGAAACUACGGCAAGUCGGCAGCUACAGGGAAUACGCUCGCGUUCCGUAGUCGCCGCAAGAACCCGGUACGAUGUCAGGGAAGUGUUACGGGCUGUUCCUUCUCGGUUGCUCGCUGCUGCUGCUUGUGCGGGCUCAGGCGGGGGAUGGAGCCGGGAAAUACUCCAGGGACGUGAAUGAAAACCGCUCAGAGCGGGACUCCGCAGUGGAAUUCAGGAUAAUGAGGCUGAACCAGAUUUGGGAGAAAGCUCAGAGGCUUCAGCUUUCGUCAGUCCAACUAACUGAACUGCACAGUGAUCUAAAAAUCCAGGAAAAAGAUGAACUGAACUGGAAGAAACUCAAGGUAGACGGACUGGAUGAUGAUGGUGAAAAAGAGGCCAAGCUCAGACGGUCUCUGAAUGUCAUUUUAACAAAGUAUGGACUUGAUGGCAAAAAGAAAACUCAGACUGAAGACAGCAACUUCAUUAAAGACAGCAAAGAAAAUGAUAUCUUAAAUGAUCCACGUCUGGAAAAGUUAUGGAACAAGGCCAAGACAUCGGCAACGUUUUCUGAAGAGGAACUGGAAAGCUUAUGGCGUGAGUUUGUCCAUCAUAAGGAGAAAAUCAGUGAAUACAAUAUACUUUUAGACACUGUAAGCAGGACAGAAGAAAUUCACAAAAAUGUUAUCAGCCCUGAUGAACAUGAGAUUAAGGAGGACAUUUUACAUGCCAAGCACACUGACCUCAAAGAGAGGCUUAGAAGCAUCAACCAAGGAUACGAACGCCUGCGCAAACUUAGUCACGAGGGUUACAUAACUGCAAGAGAAUUCAACGAACCCAGAGUGAAUGACCUAUGGGAUAUGGCAAAGGAUGCAAACUUCUCAGAUUCUGAACUAGAAUCCUUUAAGGAGGAACUGAAACAUUUUGAAACAAAAAUUGAGAAGCACCAGCAUUAUCAGAAACAGCUUGAAAUUUCACAUGAGAAACUGAAACACAUUGCAGACACAGGAGACAAAGAGCAUUUAAUGAGGAGCAAAGAGAAGCACAGCAUGCUCACAGAGAAGAUUAAAGAACUGGGAUACAAGGUGAAAAAACAUCUUCAAGACUUAACAAGCAGAGCAUCUCGAGGUGGCCUUCAACAUAACGAACUCUGAGGAAGUGUUUUCCAUCACUACAAAUGUAAAAUGAAGGCAAAGAAUCUGGCCUUCUGCUUGCCAAAGUCCUAGUGAAAGGCUGUAGACAUGUCAUGAAUCCUAAAAAGGAUUGAUCAUCAUCCUAUAGAGACUCCAUUCUUCUCUAGCAUCUUCAUUCCUUGGGGGGGGGGGACCAAAUCAUUUUGAUAAUAUUGCUUGUGCCUUUCAUAGGUUUUACAUUUCAUUGAUCAGAAAGCAGACCUUUAGAUCAUUAACCCAAUCCCACUAACGUUUUCUCACUGUUUUGCUGUUUUGGGACAUUGUCUGUAUGAUCUUUAAAGGGGACCCGUCACUUAAAAAAAAUGAUUCAAAAUCCUAUUUUAUCACAUUAGUCAAGCAAAAUGAACUUUAAUUACACCAUAUACAUUAUAUGAAUCGUGUUUCCUUCAGUCUGGGAAUUCAUAAUUAUUACAAGCAGGCAGGAGCCAUUUUGUGGACACUGUUAUUAAGACAAGUCUUGUAUCAUCUCAGAAUCUUGUUUGUGCACCAGAAUGGGGGGCCUGAUGUCCAUCCCCAUGUCCUGGCUACACAAUUAAAUGGUGAAGAGAACGGGGUAAUGUGGGGAGAGCAGUGACAUGUAGGAAGUGCUGAAUGGAAAAUGAAAGUAAUUGACUGCCCCGCCUCUAUGACCAUAGAGGAGGGGCAGACAAUAUUUGAUUGACAGCUGAGAUUUUUAGAUGAGUUUACAACAGCUAUGAAUGC